AGUGUGUCUCUCUAUAGCUACACAGGACUUUCACUUUCGUCAAUUAAUCUCUCCCGUUAUUUUUAUAUUAUUAGUACGUACGCUAAUAGAAAGCUGAAAUGAACAUUGUGCGGAAACAGCGUUACAUUUCGGAUGCAGAAAUUACUUUGUACCGAAUUACAGUAUUGCAAGAAGAUGCAUCGUGCAUAUGGCAUGAGAAGAAACAGUUCACAGUUUGCAGUGUAUGGAGAAAAGUUCGUCAAUCAAAGGAAAAAUCUUUGAGGCGGAGUGUGACAAUAUAAAUUACUACAAUACAGUGCACGUGCACACUUAUUGCAGCUGAGAAAUUACAAGCUGUUAUAGUUCGAAAGAUAACCGGAAAAACCAGCUUGCUCAAUAUAAAAUACAUGCACCAGUUCCAUUUGGCAUCGAGUCUCUAACUACUCGUCCGAAUCAGGAGAUGGAAGAUGCAAUGUACCUCAAAAAAGCAGACAUCAAAGAAGGAAAAGAUUAUGAAAAGAGUGACAGCAGUAAGAAACAAGAGCUUCAAAUUUACCCUGGGUUGCAGGAUCCUUGUGGGGCUUCAUUCGAAGGACGUGGACCGUUUCUAUGAUCUUUCAUCGUCUUGUGUCGAGGUCGAAAUCUUCAGCUUCUUAACGAGAUACUCUGAAGGUACCCACGACAAAAUAACUCCAUACUUCUAUGGUGAGAAACUAAGUCUCGACCAAGAUUUAGUGGCAGAUGGUUUCCCAGCCAUCACAAAUAAAGUUAUUGCUUCAGUUUCACCACAAGGCAUAAUUGAGCUCAAAUAUCAGGAUGGAUCCAGUGAAUCAAGUUAUCUGAUUCGACGUCGCAAUUCAUUCUUUGAUUUACAUAACCCAGAUCUCUCAAGGCUGGAGUGCAGACCGAAACCCAGUUUUGAAGAAUGUGAGGAGUUCUUCAAAAAUUAUAUCAUUGCCUUUGGACUAUUGCAUACAUCCACUUUCAUGUUUCCGUUUGAAGGUGACAGUAAUGAAGUGAGAGCUAUUACACAUGAAAGAGAAGAAAUAUAUAAAGAUGACAAUAUACCUCAAAUGAUAAUCAGUAGACGAACAUUACAAGUUAGUGAUGAUGAUAUAGAUAGCGCUUACAUGCCUCAUAGAAGUCCAGCAGACUUUUGUUUUACCAUUGGCAAUCUUACUAGAAAGGAUACUGACUCAAAGAGCAAAACCCAAUUGCUGAGAUGGGCAGACUCUGUUCAGGAAGAAGAACAUAUUACAGCAGAGGAAAAAGGGAUACAUUCUAUCAAAUCCCCUGCAGGUGCUGUUGCUGUACGAUCAGUUCAUUCAGUUGGGAGUUAUAAAGAGUCUGCUCAUGAGAAGGAUGGUGUAUUUGAUAUUACUGAAAUUAAGAAAGUUGCAAGCAGUUCAUUUAAGACUGUAUCAUUUGCUUCUCUUCAUACAACUGCAUCCACUGAAACUGCUCCAAUACAUGCUGAGGAUUAGCUGUCUAUCAGUAUUAGAGAAAGAUAUGGAAAUAGAUUGUUUCAAAGAGUAAAAUAUUGAAAUAUUAGAAAAUGCAAGACUGUUGAAUACUUUUUAUACAUUUUAGACAAAAUUUUAUUUUUACUGAAUAUUCAAAUAUUCAAUUGUACUAUUUUUAUUUUUCUCAUAAAUCUUAUAAUUUACAAUAAAGGAAGUUGAAUGUA